UGUUUUGACAAUGGCGGCUAAAAUGUUUGCAGUUCCCUCCAGCAGAUUGCCUUUGUUCACAAAAACAAUUCAAACAAGAAUGCACAAUAAUUUUAAGCUUUAUGAAUAACAAUUACAUAAUUAAAACACAAACAGAAUACAAGUUUAAAGCUAUUGUCCCGUUAUAGUAUCUGUAAAAACACGAACAUGUAUCGCUACAGAAAGUGACAACUUUUACAAAAGUUAUGAACAAUACAUUGGUACAUAGUUUUUCGACUGUCAGCUGACCACAUCUUAAUAAAAAUGACCAGAAACAUAUGCUUUGUAUGUGGGAGUAGAGGUGCAGAGAAUAAACUUCGUAUAAAACCUUGCGACAAUGAACCAUAUUUUCCAUUCCUCGAACACCAUGAUCCUCCUAAAGGUUCAAGCCAUCCAAGCAAAGAUGGGAUUGUUGACAGUUGCAGGGUUUGUACUGCUUUCUUAUGUCAACAAUGGGAAGCAUAUGAACGUUCACAUACACCUGCAAUUAAAAGAUUAUAUUGGUUGAAAAGAGCAGACAAUGGCCAUUUUACUGGUGCAGAAAUGAGGUUGCAGGGUGAAUAUAUAGCUCAGAUAAUGGGUUUACAGUACCAGCCAGGUGCCUUUGAUGGAAGAACGUCUCCUAUAGAUAUUGGAAGAGAAAGUGGAAUGAGGGAGGUGUCAUCUACAGUAAGACAUGAUAGAAGAUCUGCAGAAGUUCCAAAAGAAAAGAGACACAGUACCUCAACUCCACAACAAAAACCUACCCCCAGUAUACAACCUACUAUGAAUGUGCCUUUGUAUAAUUCCACAAACAGAAAUCAAAUGUCCUCCCAAGGUCAGAUUGUUCCAAGUGAUGGAGCUCUGGAUUUAUCUGUAACUAAGAAAAAUGAGAACUUAAAAGACUUCAAUAAAAACCCUUCUUAUCUUUGUUACUUAUGUGCACAUCAGACAAAUUCAUUUGAAUGUAAAGUAGUGAAUUCUGUUAGACGGUCUAACAGUGAACCAUAUUUCCCUGUUAUACAAAGCCUACCUUGUAUCCCAGGAUCAGUGCCUUUGAAUGAAUUAGGACAAGCAAGAGUUUGUGUGCCUUGUAAAAAUUCAUUGUUUCAACAGUGGCAAGCAUAUGAAAUGUCAGGAAUACCUGCGCAGCACAGAAACUAUAAAGUAAAUGAAAAUCAAGAACUUAAAAUGUUGAGAGCAAGUGCAGCGACACUACCUGGAAUGCAACUGCAACAAGAAGAUCUUUCUCCAGAGAAGCUUGAACAUGUUUGUUACAUUUGUGGAAAUAUUUAUGCAGCAGACUUGAUCAGAUCCCUUUUCACUGCUCCCUCAAAUGAACCAUCAAUGGGAACUUUAUUUUUCCCAUUUGUCAGAGAAUUGAGUAGGCCUGCAGGUGCUGAGCCCCUGCGAUCAGAUGGUUCUGUUUUAGCUUGUAGAAAUUGUUAUGAAGCUUUGUACAAGCAGUGGCAACUUCAAGAAAUGGAAAGAAUACCACUUGCACAGAGACAAUAUACAUUAUCCUUUCUUGGAACAAAAACUGAUUUGCUUGACAGUUCUUUCAGAGUGAAGCAAAUGAAGGAAGAACCCGUGCAGAAAAUUACUACUGGAAGAGAGACAAAAUCACCAAAACCAGAUUUGAAUAAACCAUUAAAUAUUCAGAUCUCUGAAAACAAUUCUGAAGACACAAACACCUUGUUGGCAUCUCAAGGAUUGUUAGCAAUUGUUUCAUCUGGUUCUUCUGCACAAGAUGAACUCCUUAUACCAAAAUCUAUGUCUCCAUUAAGGGCAAACAAAAGUCCAGCAAUAGAAUCAAUUGCGAAAACAGUACCUCAUCCGCUGCAGCAGGCAACAGCGAUCCCCAAAAAAAUAUGUUUUUUGUGUGGAGAAAAAUGUCGCUUAUCCAAAGCCCAUGUAUUGUGCUCAUAUCCUACAAGACAUGAAGCUAAAACAUUGAACAAUCAAACUGUUCCAUUUUUUCCCUUUUUAGCUAAUAGGGAACCAGCACCAAAAGGUGAACCAAUGACGGAAGAUGGAACUGUUAUUUCCUGUGAUGUUUGCUUUCAUAUCUUAAUUCAACAAUGGAAUGACUAUGAGGAAAACAAAACAGGAGAUUCAAACAGAUGGCUUAGGAAAUACACAUUGCCAGAUUUUGUUUGUUGUUUAUGUUCAAAGUGGAUGAAACAUAAGAACAUACAACUACUCAGUUGUAAAAUAUAUCCUUUUCUCAAAGAUAUCAAGCCAUCCAAUACAGCUCCAACAAUUGAGGAUGGUUAUACUGUAGGGGUGUGUAAAGUUUGUGCUCACAGUUUGAAUCACCAGAAUUCUGAAUACGAAAGAAUGGGCGUGCCUUAUGAGCUAAGGAAAUUUAACUGGACAACAUCACAGGCAGAUACCUUAGAAAUCAGAGAGGAUGAUUACAGUGGGGAUGAGGAUUCCAAGACAAUAUUGGAACAAGAACAGAGAGAAGAUACCAGAGAUUCAUCUUUUCAGGAAGACUCCGAAGAUGUAACAGGAACAGGGCAAAAUGUGAAACCACCUCCUCUGAACAUGCUCAGUGGUUCUAAAUUAUCACGGAACACAGCGACAGUGCCGCCAUUGAACCAGACAUCACCAAGUAAUGGUCUGACGUCCCACAGUUCUAAUGCUGCUCUGAAUGCCACCAGAACAUCUAGCUUUGCUGCAGCACUCCGGAAACUUGCUCAUCAAGCUAAAGAUCCAGAAGAUACUCCUUCAAAGCAUGGAUCUCAACCAGGAAGCUCGACCACCAGUCCAAGAGCAACCACACCAAAAAGAGGUCCACCUCCUCUAGUGUACACAUCACAUUCAUCAGUCAGUUCACCACCAGUAGUAACCAUAGCACCUACACAGUCUCAUGCGAGUUUGGUCUCAACGGAAUCACGACAGAGUUUGGACAGAACACAUUCUGUACAUAGUUCUUUGUCAACAUAUGAUGGUUUAAGUAGCAUGAAAGCUGACCGUCCACAUUCAACCCAGUCUGGUCGAGAAGAAGAUCGAUACAGGCCACAGUCAUCACACUCGAGUCGGGAUGAUGAUCGAUUGUCUGCUAAAGACAUGGCUCCAUCCAGGAGGACCCCGUUGUCAGCUCAGAGCUCUACGUCACCUGCUGUAACACGAGAAGAAAGUAUUAUGAGAGGAUUCCAACCAUACCGUCCAGGAGAUGAUCUACGACACUCAUUGCCACCUUUUGGCCUUGACGCAGCUGCCUAUCCUUACCCAGCAUUCCUGCCCCCACAUGCAUUCCCACAUCCUGCCUUUAGAUUUGAUGACCCAUUAUUAAUAGAAAGAUACAGAAUGAUGCAGCCUCAUUAUCUCCCUUUUGCUCACCCUGGGAUGCUACCACCACCAGGUGGCCUCAGUCCAUUCCUAACAGGACGUUAUCCACCAGAACUCCUCCAUCAACAACUGCCAUAUGUAUCUCAAUCGUCAAGGUUACCAGAUCUGUCUCCAUCACUGCUGGAAAGGCAAAGAUUAGAAGAAGAAAGAAUGAGAGAUCUGGAAAAAGAACAGAGAGAGAAAGAAAAAGAAGCCAUUCUGUUAAGAGAGAAAGAAAGAGCAAGGGAAAGAGAAAAGGAGUAUGACAAAUUACGAGAAUCAAUGAGUCAUGAGUAUCGUUCACAUCCUAGUACUGAAUUACGUGUUCCUCAUCAUAUUGAUAGAGGGUCAUCAGGAAUAGACUUACGGACACCACAAUACAGUUUAGAUAAUAAAAAAUCAGAGACAAAAGACAGGAAUCAUAAUGAGCGAGGACCAGUUAACAAUGACGCCAUUCCUAGAUCUGUAGAAGGACAUAAAUUUGGCUCAAUCACACAUGGAACACCAAGGGAGUAUAACCUCAAUGACAAGAGCAGUAGGGAAUUCCAAUAUAAUUCUGACAGUGAUCGCUUUAAAGCCUCUCGUCGAGACGUGGAACAGCACAAGAACAGCCAUCAUGAUAUUUCCAAACUUCAUUCUCAUCAUCACGACAAACAUGGCAGUGGUCAUCAUGAUCAUAGAGAUAAAAAAUAUUCACUGUUGAACUCAGGACAUCAUAGUGAUAAAAAUAGAACUCAAAGAGAAAGUGAAAGUAAAGUUCAUAAAUCAAGUGACAGCAUAUUCAGACCCUUUGAUACAUCGAACUUAACAAAUGGUUUUUUACCUGCUCAUAAUUCCCGAGAUGGGGGUAAUAUGCCAAAUGUUGAACGAACGAUUGAGGCUGGUCAAGGGAGAUUACCUAAAAAGGAAAGUACUAGUGCUUUGAAACAUUCGGUUGGCAUGCCAACAAAAUCUGGAAAUUUUAACCUUAAUCAUGUGAUAGAUGCAAGUAAAAUGCAUUAUAAAGAGCAUCAUGCCGAACACUUGCAUUCAGCUUCGGAUAAAAAUCGUGGUCUAGUCAUAAGCAGCCUGGACAUUGGUUGGCAGAAAUUGCAAAAACGAAGGAUGCGUGGGGAAUUAAGUGACGAUAGCGAGAUGGAUGAAAUAGUAGACUAUUUGGAUGAAUCUCAUAAACAGAGUUUAAUGAUGGUGACCAAAGGACCACCAUUACCUCUAGAUGUUUCUAGAGAGAAAGUGAAAUUUUUACAACAGAUUGGAUUAACAUCUCAAAGGGUUAAAAGAGAUCUUGAGUACAAAAAGAUCCGACGAAGAAGACGUCGACACAGAGAGGCUAGUAUUAGUCCUGUAUUGAUGGUUGAUGGUGAUGAUAAGCGUAUUUCACCCUCACCUAAAGUUGACCCAGAAGUAUUGCGUCGGGAACCAGAUUAUCCUAAUAAAUGUUCAUUUUUGGGAUCAUUUAGUCUUGGAACAGUAGAAAGUGAGAAAAAGAAAGGUUCUCCUGUUAAACGAAAAGGUGAUAAAAGACAAGAUGAACAUUCAGGGAAAAAGGUAUCAAGAACGACGAAAAGCGAAAAAGUGAAACUGUUUUCUAACAAGAAUAGUGAUAAGACACUCAGUCGAGAAUUUGCCCAGGAAUUUCAUAACUCUGUCUUACAAAGUACUCAACAGAAACAGAUUAACGGAAGAUUAGGUUUGGAUGGUAAUCAAGGGGAGACAAGUCAGUCUUUAAAACCAACAAUCUCUUGUGAUUCACCUAUUGGUGAUAUUCCAAAAUGGCCAGGCAUUGAUAUUUUAAUGGAAUCUUAUCAAAAGUAUCAGGAAGAAUUUAAAUUAGAAAAGUCCAUGCUACAAGACCGUUGUCGGAAUCUACAAACUACUAAUCACGAUUUCAAUAAACGAGCUGAAGAGCUCAGUAAGAAGAUGUCUGAUUUUUUGGAUAAAAAGAAACAGCUAGAAGAUAGUCGACUCGAAAACCAAGGUGCAAUAGACAGUUUGAAACAGAUAAUAAAAGACAUGAAAUAAUUGUUUCCUUGUGUAACAAAACCCAUGGUGCAAUAGCCAGGAUGAAACAGAUACUAAAAAAUGAUAAAGUGAUGGUUUCAUUGUACUUACAAAAAUCCUGGUGCAAUAUCCAGUCUGUAAUAGAUACUGAAAAGACUUAUAAUGUUUUGAAUUGUACUUAAUUUAUAUGCAUUAGUCAUUCCUAGAUGGAAAUGAAACACUUUGUUAUUGGAUUUUCUCAAUGUUUUGUAAAAAAAUAAAUAAUGACUGAAUUAAUUAUAUUCAUAUUGUUAAGUUAUUCUCAGAGAAUAAUGAUUGUUGAAAUUUUAAUUGGCAUAAUAUGUAAUCAGGUUUAAGAAAAUUAUUGCAAUUAGAAUAUAGGUGUAUAUGAUUUUGAGAUGUAAAAUUGACAAGCUUUCAACUUUAAGUUGGAAGAUGAAUUCAAGGUUUAUUGCAUUUUAGUAAUACUCUGUAUAGUGCUUAUUUCCCAGUGUUGUUGUAAUGUCAAAUAAAAUAAUGGUGCAGACAUGGACAGUGAUGAUUCAAUUACACUUUCUAGUGGAUUUCUGUUUGGAUUUAUUAUAUACACUGUGUUUUAGUUAGGAUUUAAGUCAGAAAGGGCACAGUUUUAAAUGAAAGGACAUAUUGGCACCGUAUCUUGUCUGAAAAGGGACAACUUGGUCAUAAAGGGACAACUUGGUCAUAAAUAUUAUAUAGAUAACAUUGAAAUAAUUAAUGUAUUUUACAAUAUUUAUAGUAGUAUUUGAUGGUAUAAAGCUUUUUCAAGUUAUUUUUGGCAUUGACAAGUAUUUAUUUUCCUUCAGAAAACUAAAAUACUUAUGGCAGGACCAUAAGAGUCCAGGGUACACAGAAAGGGGGGCACAUACAGGGCAGAGGGGGGCUGUGUCCCACUGUUUUGGGCUAGAUAGGAGACUGCACAGUGAUUUGCUUCUGGUACAGCCAUUUCUCAGAGAUGAAAUCAUUGAAUGGCAAACGUAUGUUAAAACUCAUGACUUUUUAUAUUCCCAGUAUAGGAGGUCUGUUUAAUGGAGGAAAAUGAAAGAUCAAAUGCUAAAAUGCAUUUGCAGUCAAAUUUUGUCACAUUUAUUGUUUACAUCAAAAGUUGGCAUACAGAUAUUUCAAUUUUCUAACAACUCAAAUAAGAAAAACCUCCUGUUAGAAGGCAUACUUCCAAAGUGAUUUCAAUGAAAGAAAAUUUUUGAUUGUACAGUGAUUAAAAAGAAAAUUUUUGAUUGUACAGUGAAUAAAAAGAAAAUUUUUGAUUGUACAGUGAAUAAAAAACUUGUAAGUAAAAUCCUAUGACUUUUCUGUAAAUGCCAUAUUUGGUUUUAUCACUAAUUUAUCCUUUAAGACUGUAAGACCUGUUAUUGCACCAACUUAAAUAUCUGUUUAUUAAAGCACAACACACUGCCUCCUUCCUCAAGGUUUCUUUGUAUUAAAUGAAAUGUAUUAUACUGAACAAUGAAAUUGUUUAUUUACUUUUACAUAAAAUACAUCAAUUAUACAUGGUUUUAUACACAUCCAUUAUAUCAUUUACACAUACAAUUACUUUUUCACCUUGUAUUUAUAACUGUUUUAUGAACAUAAUAUAUUUAUAAAUAUUGCUUUUUUACAGUGAUUUCUGUAUGGUACGGGAUUUGGUUUAUAAUUUAUCACAGAUUUUUUAAUUAGAAAAGAAAUUUUAAGAAAUACAAUGAUUGUGUGUUUUAUGCAUUGAAAAUUAAAUAGAAAAAAAUUAUCACAUUUGAUGUAGCCUUAGAGAUGCAAAAUUUUUAGGGGAAAUUAUCUGUAUUUAUUAAAAGGUAAAGAUAUUUGAUAUAAUUUUUAGUUUAUUGAAAAUUAGUGUUUUAUUUUUGAGAUUUUUCAGCUAAUGCACAGCAGUAAAAUGUUCAGUAUCUGUGUAAAUACUACAACACAUAAUAUGAGCUGCAUCGAAUAGAAAUUGACCUUAUGCAAAUGAAUAUCAAUGCAUCUGUUUAACAUUUUUCGGGUUGAAAAAAUCUCUAUGCAAAGUCUGUAACUGUUUGAAAAUUGAGUUGAUAUAAGAACCCAACAAAACAGACCAAAAUUCAUCUUUUAUUUCGUAUUUGAAUGUUCCAAAAUCAGUAAAGGUCUUACACAUGUACAUGUAUAUGUGCACUUGCAUAAGGUCGAUUUCUAUCCGACGCAGCUGUUGAAAUUCUUCUUUAAGUUACACUUUGCAAUUUAGAUUUUUUUAUCUCCCCUUUUAACAUUGUUUUCCAUAAUUGCUGGCAAUUAAUUCAUAAGAAUUAAAAAAGAUUGAGAAAAACAAUUUAUUUCUCAAAUCAAAUCAACCCUCAAACUGUUGAAGCUCUAAAAGAAAAUAUAAUAUAUAUAAAACUUUCAGCUUAACCUUAUGAAGGUAAAUUAAAAGUGUUAGCUUUAAAUAAAGCUUUUCUGGUUUCAGCUUUCUAUAAUGUACUCAGGGUAUCAACUCUGAUGAUAUUCUAUAAAAUGAGACAUGUACACAUAGGUAUGUGAUUUCCUAUGGCGUUGGCCAAAUUAAUCCAACAAUUGUUGAUUACCCAUCAAGCUUUGUAUGAAAACAAAUGUCAAAUUUGAGCUAGAGAAUAACACCGUUGCUAUUUGAAUUGACAGACGAUCUUAUCUGACCUUUCAAAUUUCUAAUCAGAAAAGGGGUGUGUUUCUGCAUGAAAGUCUCUUUAUUCUUUGUGUAUUUAUAAAACUACAAGGCAUAUGAUACCAAAUACCUGUCUGCUAUUCAUUACAUUAUAGCCAUAACCAGUGAGAUUUGCUGAUAUUGUACUGUUUUUGGAACGAUGUCUUUACUAUGAUCAUAUCUACUCAAUAUCUCAAUCUUUAUGAUCAUAUUCAUGGUAUAUAUCAUUGAUUUCUGUAUGAUAAUCCGUUUGCAGCUAUAUAGCAUAUCAUGUCUCUUUUUAAUAAAAACAAAUAUUUACA